GGGUGGGCGAAAGUGGCUUGAUGGAGAGGAUAGGGCGGUUGGAAGAGACUCAAAAAGAGAUGGGAGAGACUCAAAAAGAGACCCUGAAUCUUCUAAAGCGUCAAUUCGACGAUAGUCAAACGUUCAGCUUAUCUACUAUGAAUACCCAGAAAAGGCUGAAGCUUUGUGCGCGUUUCGGUGUGAAACCACAAGUUGAAGUUAUAGCCUUCAACAAUUUCGAAAGAGUUGACGAUACGCCUUCUCCAUUUGUGUGGCUCGAGAAUGUCAGCGAAAAUGAUCAUUCUGAAGGAUACAUCGACUACAUACAGAAUACUUUCCUCGGAGCCGAAUUUCUCACCGGUUAUCAAGUGCUAGACGUUCAUAGCAACCCUAAGUUUUGGAAGAAUGGGAUCGCUCAUGGUACAACAGAUGCCGUGGUGAUUCCAUCGGUACCAAAAGCACUUAGUCAGAAUGUGGUAAAGCUAGUCUUUGAGCUGAAGAAGAUCUCAUCAAAGAAACCAAUAGUCAUGCUUACAGACUUUUCCUCGACUUUCAACUUCUAUUGGAUUGGUCGCUCUCGAGAUCAAAGCACCACUCCCGCCGUCUAUAUGACCAGUUUUAAUGACGCUUCAACAUUCGCACGCGCCUUGCUGGCUCCCGAUCGAGUGGUAGAACAUAUAGCGCAGGAAAACCGAGAUAACCUACCUCUCGAUGAAAAAAGAGUUGUGAUCAUGGAAUUAGUGUACGAUGAAACUGCAGAUGAUGAUAUAGCCAAUCUCGACGAUUUCGUAGAUGAAAUGGAACCCGAGGAGCGUGCUUCAUACGAAAUCACAAAAAAGCUCAAGAGAUUCCGACCAUUCGUACCUCCGACUUUUCGUGAAUG